AUGCCAUUCGCACAACUCGUUAUAGGUCCUCCGGGUGCAGGCAAGUCGACCUAUUGCAAUGGCAUGCACCAGUUCCUCGGAGCUAUAGGGCGCAAAUGCUCGGUCGUGAACCUCGACCCCGCAAAUGACAAAACAUCAUAUCCCUGCGCGCUGGACGUGCGUGAUCUUGUGACGUUGGAGGAAAUCAUGAGUGAGGAUCAAUUGGGUCCGAACGGCGGUGUUUUGUAUGCGUUGGAAGAGCUAGAGGAGAACUUUGACUUCUUGGAGGAAGGGUUGAAAGAGCUCGGAGAGGACUAUAUUAUCUUCGAUUGUCCCGGCCAGGUAGAAAUUUUCACUCACCAUUCGUCCUUACGGAAUAUCUUCUUCAAGAUCCAGAAGAUGGGCUAUAGACUAAUAGUACUACACCUAAUCGACUCCUACAACCUCACCCUGCCAUCGAUGUACAUCUCCUCUCUUAUUCUAUGCUUGCGUGCCAUGCUCCAAAUGGACCUUCCACAUCUCAACGUCCUAACAAAAAUCGAUAAUUUGUCCAAUUAUACUUCGCUGCCUUUCAACCUAGAUUUCUACACCGAGGUUCAGGACCUUACAUACCUCCUCCCCCACUUAGAGGCAGAGUCCUCCCGGCUAUCGCACGAGAAGUUCGGAGCACUGAACAACGCCAUCAUCACACUGAUUGAGGAGUUUGGACUCGUGGGCUUCGAAACACUGGCUGUAGAAGAUAAAAAGAGCAUGAUGAAUUUGCUCCGGGCCAUUGACCGCGCAAGUGGAUACGUGUUUGGGCCUGCAGAAGGCGCAAAUGACUCCGUUUGGCAAGUGGCUGUUCGGGAAGGAAUGGGGUCCAUGGAUAUCCGUGAUAUUCAAGAGCGUUGGAUAGAUGCCAAAGACGAGUACGAUGAGUUGGAACGACGGCAGCGAGAGGAGGAGAUAAAAAAUCACCAGCAAGCUGCAACCUACCAGGCAGGGAACGAGGACGACGACGAUGAUAACGAUUACGAAUUCGGGCGCAGGAUGCCUGUACCAGACAGUGGAGUGAAAGUGAUGCGGAAGUAA